GUGAAUGAUAUUGCAAUCAAGAAGAAGCAGCUAUUACUUUGCCAUCUCUAAUAAGACAAUGUAAACAAAAGCACGUUGGAACUGUUACUAUUGGAUGGAAAAUUGUGUCACACAUUUUAUCCUUUGAACGUUUUAGAAGUUUUUAUAACGAGACAUUAACAAAAGAGCAUACACCUGAAGAAUGGGUGCUUUGGCUGAGGUUGCUGGAGAUGAAAACAAUGGCGAAGGAUCUCGUACUUUCGUUUUCCAAGAUGAGGGACACACUUUGGGAAAUGCAUUGAAGACAAUAAUCAGUCGUUACCCUGAUGUUGAUUUUUGCGGUUACACCAUACCUCAUCCCACAGAAAACAAACUACAUUUUCGCAUACAGUCUUCGCAGGGCCGUGCAAUAGAUAUACUAAAGCGUGGACUCGAAGACUUGGAAAAGUUAUGUGAUCAUACCAUUUAUACAUUUGAAAACGAAAUAAAACAAUUCAAAGUUCCAGCAACAUAAGAAAA